CACGCUUUUAUUCUCUCGCACGCAACUAGUGUAACGAGAUAUUGCUACUUAAAGAUUGUUCUACCAUUGCGAGUCACAUUUCGACUGGAAUCCAAAAAGGCAACACUACAGAGGAUCUCUUAAAGAAGGCGCUCGUUCUUGAAGGCUAAAAGGCGGGGAGUAUGUACAUGUAUUUUGUUCGCUGCGCGUCCUUCGUCUUAGUUCUACUUACAAAGGUACCUUGUUUCAGUGAGGCCCUUAGAUGUUAUGCGUGUGUAUCUAACAUAUCUUGGGAGGAAUGUGAUGCGAAAAUGGAACUCAUCGAUUGUCCUGAUGGGCACGACGAAGUUUGCAUCAAAGAACAUCAAGUGCGAUACAAAUAUCACGAUGGAGAUGAACAGGUGGAACUUUUUUCCAGAACUUGUGGUACAGCAGAUUUGUGCACAAAGAAACACUGCGAAAAGUUUGGAAUACGAUGCGACCCUAACUGUUGUCACGAGGAUCUAUGCAAUAGAGCAAGCGCAGAACUAUCAACUCAAACAAUGUUGGUUACGAGACUGGUGUUCGCGACUUUGAUCGCAUUAUUUCUUUCAUGAAACAAAACCUUCGAAUCUAUCACUUAUUUAAUCCUCUAAAGCAUAUUAGGGCUCUUAUCGAGCGGGAAAUAAAUUUUCAAUUGCAAAUGUA